UGUGUACUUCUAAAUCCGUUAUAUAAUGUGUCUGCUAUUAACUGUGAGCUUUUGUUAUUUAAAACCCCUAAGAUGUCUGAGUCAGAGCUUACAAAACUGCAUUAAUCCCCAUGUUUCUCUGGGUUUACAAAAAUAACUGUUCACUUGUAAGAGAAGAGAGACUGAAGUGAGGCUGAGAGAGCUACCGUGUGCUGCUUUCCCCUGACUGAUGCACUGCUACAGUUGUGGGGCUGCAUGCAUUGUUCAGUGUACUUAGCUGAGAGAACGCUCGUUCUAGCCCACAUUUUUGAGUUGACCCCACUGCUUUCUCAGUCAUUGCUGCAUCACUGCAUGACCACACAGGACUAUGCUGCCACAGAUAGGACAGAACUAGCACAGACCAAGACGCGUUUCACUGGGCUUUUCAGUUUUUCAUCCAGGUCAGUUUGGAGGACCUAGUGCAUGGGGAAAGAUAUGACUACUGAGGAACAGGUCUUGUUACGUCCAGUGGCCUGAACACAGUGGAGGUCUUUCACAUCAUAUGGCUGCAACUGAACCAACCAAGGAAUUAAGCCCAGUGUCUUUCUUAUAUGCUACUGGACUUUGCUUUUUGCAGGGCAUCUUUAUUUUUGAGUAAUCUUGUAUAACCUUCACAAGACAGGUAACAUAGCUAACACCAGGAAGCCCUUUUUUAAUCUAAAAUCCAAAAAUGGACCCCUUGACGGACAGUCUCCGUGUGCGCUCAGACAGCACGGGCAGCUCAACGUCUCAAGGCUCCAGGUCCAAAAUGCUCCUCCGCCAGCGUUUGUCCCAGCUGCUGACCUGUGUAGAGGACAUGAGCUCUGAUGAUGAAGCCGGCGAAGAAGUGUCCCACACACUGGAUGAAGUGUUUCAGCUCUGUGGAUGCUUCGUUCCCACAGAGGCAUUCAGGCUACACAUAGUGACCUGGAACGUAGCCACAGCGGAGCCUCCUGAAGACGUCACAUCUUUGCUGCAACUGGAUGUCGAGCCCCCCACAGACCUCUAUGCGAUUGGCCUGCAGGAGGUGAAAUCCACCCUAGCAAGGUUUAUCUCUGACCUGUUGGUGGAGGACUCCUGGAGUCAUGUCUUCAUGGACACAUUGGCACCCAGAGGCUUUGUCAAGGUCACAUCAGUGAGGAUGCAGGGUUUGCUUCUGCUGGUGUUCACCAAACAAAUUCACCUCCCCUACAUCAGAAACAUCCAGACCACCUACACUCGAACGGGUGUCUUCGGCUACUGGGGUAAUAAAGGAGCAGUGUCUGUGCGCUUUUCCUUCUACGGACACAUGGUGUGCUUCCUCAGCUGCCACCUAGCAGCACAUAUGAAUUAUGCUCUGCAGCGUGUUGAUGAGUUUGAAUACAUCCUGGAGGCACAAGACUUUGACAUCUCAGACACCCCACAUGUCCUGGACCACAAGGUGGUGUUCUGGUUUGGUGACCUGAACUUUCGUAUUGCGGACCACGGCUUGCACUUCCUUCGCUCGUCCAUCAACAGUGGACGCCUUCAUUUGUUGUGGAGCAAAGACCAGCUGACCAUGAUGAAGAAGCAGGAGCCCUUCCUGCAGGAAUUUGAGGAAGGUCCUUUAAAUUUUAAACCCACCUACAAGUUUGACCGUAACUCUGACAGCUAUGAUACCAGUCCUCCAAAGACAUGGCUGGGUUUUAACAACAAGAAGAGGAAACCAGCCUGGACAGAUCGGAUCCUCUGGCGCAUCAACCCUAAAAGCCCACCACCAGAGGAUGAUGAUGAUGAUGAUAAUGAUGAGAAGACAUCGACUUCUACUGAUAAAGGACAAGAUGAAUAUCCAGUCCUGGUCACCCAGGAAACAUAUACCAGUAUCAUGAGCUAUGGACUCAGUGACCACAAGCCUGUCGUUGCAACCUUCAGUCUUGAACUGAGAAAGUGCUUUGACACACCACUGGUGGAUGUAUCUCCUGUGGGUGUGUGGAGCGCUGACCAGGAUGGAGUCCUUAACUACACCAUCCUAGAGGACUUCAUGUCCUCCACAUGGGACUGGAUAGGCCUGUACAAGGUGGGAUUUAAGAGUGUAUCCGAUUACGAAACCUUUAUUUGGGUUAGAGAGGGGGAGCUGCCAGAGAUAAGUGAGGUCAUACAGAUAUCUGUGGAUAAGGAUGAGAUCCCCCUACUAGGUGGACAGUAUGUUUUGGGUUACUACAGUACAAACAUGCAAAGCCUCACUGGCCUCAGUGCUGGCUUCCAGAUCCUGGAGCCAAAGUGUGCUGCCUUGGAAGGGCUCAAAAAAUGAGAACAAAUUCACUGCUAUCUCGCUUUAUAUUCAUCUUCCCUGUAAAUUCACACAGAAGUCUUUUCUUUUAAAGAAAAGAUUAUUUAUCUGGCUUGCUAGAAACAUAAUUGUAGUUUCUCACAUUAAUGUAAUUCAUGUCUUUUCUAUUCUAGUGCAAAAAAGAUAACUGUUGUCAAAGAAAAGUUCUCUGUGUGCAUACAUACGUGUCAUAUUUGGUUGAUUGAUAUUGUGAAUUGAUAUAGUGAACACCGUAACAGCAACAAAACGGUGUUGUACAUAAAUGUAUGUUUCAUUGUUGUAAUGAAAUAUAUUAAGUAUGGAUUGUUAGGAAGGUAUUGAAAAAUGGCUUUGAAAUUCAUGUGAUAAUAAUGGCCUCUUUUUAAAAAAUGUGCAAACAGGACAUUUGUUUUCUUGCUGAUGCAGAUGUACAGGAAAUGUGUAAUUUAAACUGAAAAUCAGCAGUUAUUUGUGAACGUUCAUUGACAUCCUAUUGUAUUCAUGAAAAAAAGAACUUUUCACCUCCAAUGUUAAUGACUAAUCAGUGCGAUACAACACAUAUUAGGUGAGUUAAAUUAAAACUCAAGUCUAACUGAGCCUUUUAUUUUGUAGUAACAACACAUAAUGUCACAAUUCUCUCAUAUAAUCCAUUGCGAGAGUCCGUUUACUGAUUUGACAACAUUUGCCUCCCGGAGCUUCUUUCAUUGAAAAGGCUGUUCGGCGCUAUGCACGCGUGUUGAUGAUUACUCAAUUACAGAUGCUUAGGUAACAAACAGCAUGACAAAAUGCAGUUUGAAAAUUAUUUUAGAAUAUGUUAGUACUGGGCAGCGGAGAAGGUGUUUG